GUACGGCCAACGAGCUGUGCAGUGGGUUCGAGUGAAGCAUAGACAAAACAGCCGGACAGUGCUUUUUCUGAACUUCCACGGCCCGCUUCCGCUGAGCAGCGGCGGCAAAUGCGGAUGUGAGGCCACUGCAUACAACAUCAUGAGGGUAAUUGGCGAAAACGCAGAGUCCGAUGAUGACGUGAUCCUCGUUGGCGACUUCAACUCCGUCACAGGAUCUCCAACUAUCCAGAAACUCUCCGAGCGCAUGCACCGCGUGUUCAGUGGCAAUUCGCAUGGUGGCGUGGACCACAUUUUCAGCAGUUGCCCCAGUGUGAAGGGCACCUGGAACUUGGGCACUGGUGGCAGUGACCAUGAUGCUCUCAGUGCCCUGAUUGAGGCCUGA